AUGGGGUACGCUGAUGCGGACUUUGCAAGCAAGGCAGCAGACCGUAGGUCGGUAUCAGGGGGGAUCGUGACGUGUGGAGGAGGCGCCGUGUCUUGGUUUUCCAGAACACAGAAGUGUGUUACGCUUUCGACGACAGAAGCAGAGUGCGUCGCGCUUGGUGACGUAGAGUUAGCGCCCGCAAUGAAGAAACGCUUAUUGGAUAUAUUGGGGAGGAAUCAGANCCUCGCCCUCACCAACAACGUCGUGUGGGUCAACCGCCGGGCAGGGGCGUCAGCGCCGGUGCCGGGCAUCGUGGGGGGUUCUUCGGUCACCGCGGCGCCCUCGCCGGACACCGCCGUACCUGCGGCCGAUGCCGCACCGCCGCCGCCCCUGCCAUCAAGGACGUACACCUACAUCCCGCCUGCACAAGCGACCACCGCACCGCCGCAGCCCGCUUCCCCGCCUAUCUUCACAGGAUCCUCAGCCCCGUCGCCGAUCUCCGUCGCCCCAUCAUCAGCCCCACCGUCGACCGCAACAACGCCGCCCCGUUCACCCCCGGGCCUGCCGCCGCCGCCCCCGCCGCAGCCCACCAGCGCCGCCACCCCCGCUCCCCCGCACCCGCCGCUUUCGAAACGAGCCGUGAAGGAGUUGGGACGAAAGGACACGAGGGUACACGGCCGCACGCGCGGCGAUGGAGUGCGGUCCAUGGAGAAACAACAACAACCGCCGUCCGGUGGCGGCACCGCUCUCCACCACCGUCCUGGUCUGUUGGCGAUGAUGGACAAGGACUCCCUCAUCUCGUCGCUCGCCACUCGGGAGGCCGUGGAUCAAGGACGGCGCGACCUGCCGCCCCCGCCGCAGCCGGAUCCGAGUCUUGGAGGCCCCGGAAGCGGGGGGGCUGUGGGAGAUGGGGGGCCCGUGGAUUCUGGGGGGGGAUGGAGUCCGCAGAUGUUCGCCACGAUGCUCGCCACCCGCGAGGAUGUGGACGCCGCUCUUCGCGCCGAACGCCCGCCCGACAAGAUGCCAGACCUUCCUCACUGCCUCGCCAACGACCUCCGAGUGCCGAAAACGUUCAAGGAGGCCAUGCGGUCUCAGCAUUCAGAGUUGUGGGAUGAUGCAGUCGAUAGAGAGUUUUUCGGUUUAUUGGAUGCAGGAACUUUUAGUCCGGUGUAGCAACCAGUAGAGAACGCCAUCAAUGCUAAGUGGUUUUUUAACUGUAAGGCAGACGAGUGCGGAUGGCCGACGAAAUUCAAGGCAAGACUUGUAGCGCGGAGGGACAUGCAGAGGGUUCGAUUGAUUUUGGAGAAUUGUUUGCACCCACCGUAUCAGCGUCCAGUGUGCGCUUGUUGGCAGCAUUAGCAUGCGAGCAGAAUCUUGACUUGUGCCAUUUCGAUAUUCAGCAGGCUUUUGUGCAGUCUGAGCUUGAUGAGGAUGUUUUCAUGCGCUUACUGCAGGGGUGUGGUAGGUUAUCUGGCCUGAUCGUGAAGCUGUGCAAGAGUCUGUAUGGUUUGAAGCAGGCAUCACGACAUUGGCAUGCGCACCUGACGAGGUGUUUGUUACUUUUAGGUUUUUUGCAGUGUCUGGCAGAUGCAUGUGUUUUUCGAUUGAUGGAGGAGGGACAUGUGAUCAUGAUCAUCGUGGUCCACGU